AUGAUUCUAAUCAUUGUCCAUAUACCGCUGAUGAAAAAUAUUCUCAAGUUGAAGUUUAAUGAGUUGGAUGAGAUGUUGGAAUUACAUCCCAGAGAUCGAGAGAAGACGGAGCCAAUGCUAAAGGCUAUUUUCCAAUGGCACCAAAAAUACAUUUUAAUAACCGAAGCUAUACAACAACUAUUCUUCUGGAUAAUUUUUAUUCAAAUUUUUUUCGCAACACUGAGCGUAGUUGCUACCAUUGUUUGUCAGUUUUUGAAUGUUUGGGCUGUGGCUCCAGUGUUAUUGGUAUAUUCGUUUGUGAUCCUGUAUUUUUAUUGUGGUCUUGGAAAUCUGGUGGACAUUUCAAACGAUGACCUAACAAACAUUAUUUACGAUUGCAAAUGGUAUGAACUCUCGCCUACCGAACAGAAAAUGGUACUCAUCAUGUUGAGGGUGUCGCAGAAACCGCCGACAAUGACAAUUGGUAAUAUGAUGCCGUUGAGCAUGAAUACGGCCCUGCAAUUAACCAAAUCUAUUUACACGGCUGCUAUGCUUCUACACAAUUUUGUAAAAUAA